UUCUCUGAAACAGCCACCUCCCACGGGCCACCUGCCAGGCCUUAAUGAACACAUCAGAAAUGCAAAUGCGAGAUGACAGCAUGACACCUUUUCCCUCUUUUGGCAGCUGGAGGAAAAGAAACCAGGUGAGAAACCUUGCUUCUACCCACUCAGGUCAGAAGCGGGUCAAAGCAAGACUCGGCCUUGCCCCUUCCUUCCGCAGGGCACCUGUGGAGGCUGGCCCUGCCUGGAGCAGACAUGCACGAGCCAGCAGUUUGCUCUCUGAAAGCUGAGUGUUUAAUUAUUAAUUACACAUCAGAAGAUAUCCCAAGCUGCUGCUGAACUGUGAGCCAGUGGGAGAGUGAGCACUGCAUUCCUUUCCUCUGGCUCGGAACAGGGUGCUGGGCCAGAGCCCACUUGCGGUAACUGAAUGAGCGGCAGGCGGCUGCGCACCAGCCUUAGGGAGAGUCUAUGCAGCUAGAUAAGACGGUAACUGGGAAAGCUUUUUGUAAGCAGGAAGCAGAACAAACGAUUAUAUUUUUCGAUUGUUUUUGAAGUCUUUUUUUUUUAAUUCUUCACCUGGAGAUAUGCUUUUAUUGGCUUUACAGAGUGAAGAAGGGGGAAAGACAGAGAAAGAGAAAGAUACUGGUUGUCUCCCUACGCCGCCAGAUCACAGAUCAAAUCCGCAAACCUUCCGCGUCCCGGGACGACACUCCACCUACUGAGCCAGGCAGCCAGGGCGCAACACACCGUUUUAAAUGUGAGCAAGGCUGUCUUCAGGGAACUCGGGAGGAAGAGAGAGAGAAAGAGGUCCUGCUGAGGAGGCAUUCUCUGUCUUCCCAGCUACCCCAUCCUCGUGUUUGAGGCGAAUGCCUGCUCUACGGCUCAGCCCUGAAAGCGCCUCUGCAACUUCUGCCUGGGCCCAGCUGUUCUGGAUCGUCCCGGGAGCUCUAGAGCAGCGUCAGCGAGCCCUCUGCACCCGCUGGUGCUGGACACAGACACAGCUCUGAGGCGAAGGAGGUGAGGACCCACGGGGAGUGGUCACAGUCUCAUUUCCCUGGGUUCCGCUCUGGGCAGCACCCUUGGUCAAUAUUGAUUUAGUUAUCCCUAGAAGCAGAAGUUCUCUGUGGCAGCGUGGGUAUCUUCGAAAGCCAGCGCCUACAAGCAGUAGUCCCUGCAUGGUUGACCUGGGGGUUUUCCAAACCUGUUCAUUGAACUCCCUAUCCAAGGGUGGAAAGCUCCCGCAACCUGGUCAUGCAGCCACGGAGCCUCCGGGGUGGCAAGACCCUCAGACGCCAUGAAAACAUUGAUGCUGAUGGGAAUUCCCUGCUGGAGUUCUGCCUCCGCGGACCAGGCAUCGUGUCCUUCCUCACAGAGCAGCCGCUCUGCCCUUCAGAACUCGUAACCGAAAGACGCAGUGCUCUGGACAUCUGAUACCAUCCCCCAAAUAGCAAAAUCCCGCAGAAGCGAUGCCACAGCCACCUGAACGAGAGCAUCCCAAUCCCCUCCCGGCGUCCUUGGCGAAAGCGCAGAGCCUUUCCUGCAGGACACAGGCUGCCACUAGAAAGCCCAGCUGCGUUUGCCACUGGGAGGACAAACAUGGACCCUAACACCCUCUCUCAACAAGAGGCAAACCAGCUAAAACUCAAUUUGCAAACGGCUUAUUCUUCUAGGUGCUUCAGUGGAUCCACCACUAUUAUAUCUGUUUAAGAAUUCUUAUGGCCUUUCAGCCACAACUGCCAACUAACUUCCAGUAAUUUGCCAAAUGACGAACACAAAGGGAAAGAGGAGAGGCGGCCGCUGGAUGUUCUCCCAGCCUUUUAGGAAACAGGAAGUUGCUCCUUUGGCCACAUACAUGCGGAUCCACAAGAAAGGUGAUGUCGUAGACAUCGAAGCAAUGGGCACUGUUCGAGAAGCAAUGCCCCACAGAUGUCACCAGGGCAAAGCAGGAAGGAUCUGCAGUGUCGCUCAGCACGUGGUGGGCACUGUUACGAACAAACAAGUUAAGGGCAAGAUUCUUGCCAAGAGAAUUAAUGUAUGCCUUGAGCAUACUGGGCACUCUCAGAGCCAAGACGGCUUCCUAAAAUGUGUGAAAGAAAAAUUUCAGAAAAAGAAGAAAGCCCAAGAGAAAGGCGCCUGGGUUCCGCCGAAGCACCAGCCUGCUCCCCGCAGAGACACACGCGGUGCGAGAACCAGUGCCUGGGCUACUGGAGCCCCGGCCCGUGCGUUCACGGCAUGA